AUGCCCGACCAACAGUGUACAUGCGUGACGCUGGCUACAUUUUGGACCUAUGAUUACAUUAGUUCACUUCACGAAGAGUGGACAUUCCUGCUUCGGUCACGUUGGACUAAGCUAAAAGCCCUUUAUAUCAUUGCACGAUAUAUCCCCUUUUUCUUCAUCGCCACGGACCUAUAUAUGAUCUUCACCCCGAACGAGAACCCAGAUAAAUGCCGGAUGUUGAUCAAUAUUUACUCAUGUUUGGGAGUGAUAUCACUCACUUGCUCUGAAUGCUUUUUUAUACUCAGAACAUAUGCGCUUUGGAACAAAAAUCGAAUUGUACUCGUAGCCAUGCUGUCCACCCUUUUCGCUAUCAUGGUAUCAUUCAUCGGCAUUUGGUUUACCGCUGUUGCCACCUCUGAUGUCAUAACUAGCACGAUCCCAGGUGCUGUAGGCUGCUACCGGAGCUCGAGCAGUGUCUAUUUCUUUGUAUCAUUCCUUCUCUUAUUUGUGCUUGCAGUGGUAUUGGUCUUUCUCACACUCAUACCCAUCAUACAGAGCUGGCAGAAAGCAAAGGGACACCUGCAUUCCAUCCUGGUGAAGCAUAACAUGUUUUACUAUGCAUGCAGUUUGUUCCUCUCAGCCGUGAACGUCCUCAUGCCAGUGCUGUCUUCCUAUGUUUCCAUGAACUUCUUCGAACGUUUCCAGGCCCUUAUCCUCGCGAUCCUCGCCACGCGCAUGCACCUCGAUCUCUGGCGUAACAACUGGCACGCGCACGACUCUGAUUCCCUUGAAUGUAUUUCCAUGUCCGACAGGUUACCUGAAGACCCUACGGUGUAACGUCUUAUCCUGCAGCUUAUUCGGCGUGUUGGUGAAAUGUGGUUUAGAUUCUUUUGGACUCUUAGACUACGAGAUGACUGGUCCGGAUGUCGUGGUCGCGUUUUGGACGUCCUUCAAUUUUUAGAAUAAAUUUUGUCAGGGCAAAGGAUCCGACGCAAGGAGAUAAAUCGAAAUCUGAAGGGUAAGAGUCAGUAACAGCACCACGCUAUUAAUAUUCCCGUCCUUCAUGGACUCUAUCGGGAGUCUGUUUCGAC